UUUUAACGCCAGUCCAAUCUGCACUACAGAAAUAAAGCAGGCCGGCUACAGCAGCAGACACGUUAGGAAAAUCUCUAAAUUGCCGGUGAACUUGAACUCAAAGUCUCAGUGCGAACCGAGAAGAAAAACGAUCUAGUGAUCGAGGAAUGAUUCGGUAGUUCACAGCACAGCUAUGCCACAACAAAAGGAGAAGUAUCCAUCAACGUUCAACAUCGAAGACUUCAACUCCACGACCGUCUUAACGAAAAAUGCCUUACAGAAGGAGAAGGAGAGUAAGGGUGAGAUUGAGUGCUACAACCCCUAUGAACACAGGCAUCUGGAUCACCCCAACACGUUUGCUGGGGCUUUGAUACAUCUACUCAAAACCUCAUUGGGUACAGGAAUACUGGCGGUGCCUUUUGCUUUUAGAAGCGUCGGUUUUGGAACUGGACUGAUCGGAACUGUACUGAUAGGAGCAUUAUGUACCCACACCGUAACCCUGUUGGUUUCUGCCUCUCAGAGAAUGUGCCGGCAAACCCAAGUACCCCAACUCAGUUUUUCAGAAACAGUUGAAACGGUCUUCAAAAACGGUCCUGAACAAGUCAGAGGCUGGUCAACGUUCUCAAGGAUAUUCGUAGAGAUUGGCCUAAUUUUGACCUACCUAUUCAGUGAUUCCGUAUAUUCAGUAUUCGUUGGAACAUCUUUAAAAGAGAUAGUCGACUUCUACUGCCCAGAUGCCAGAAGCUACGGCAUGGAAUACUACCUCAUUGCGCAGAUGAUACCUCUCCUAUUUUUGUGCCAAAUAAGACCCCUCAAAUUCCUGGUGCCAUUUUCGACUAUAGCCAAUGGGUCUAUGGUUAUAGCCUUCGCCAUCACAUUCUUCUACAUGUUCAGGGACGCAGAACAUGUGGAAGUUAGCGAAAGAUCCGUAGCUAAGGCUGACGUUAUGGGGGUACCACAUUUCGUGAGUACAGUGGUGUUUGCCAUGGAAGGGAUUGGAGCUAUCAUGCCCCUGGAGAACUCUAUGGUCGAGGAAGGUUUCCUUGGGUGCCCUGGAGUUUUGUACAUCGCCAUGUGUUCCAUCAUCACCCUGUAUGCUUCCAUUGGAUUCGUUGGGUAUUACGCUUACGGGGAUGGUACCCAAGCCAGUAUCAUUACAAAUCUGCCUACAGAUGAGUGGGCUUCGCAAGUGGCAAGAGGAUGCAUAGCCCUCUCGAUAUUUUUCACCUUCAUGCUACAAUUCUACGUUCCGAUGGAGAUCACGUGGAAAAACGUCAAACAGCACAUCCCCAAGAACGCCAGGAACAUCGCACAGAUCCUGAUAAGACUGGCUGGUGUUAUUUUUGCGAUAGGAGUAGCCAUAGCUGUUCCUGAUCUGUCUGCCCUGAUAUCCCUGGUAGGAGCUGUGUUCUUCUCCACCUUGGGAAUCUUUGUCCCAGCUCUGGUCGACACCAUCAUAAAAUGGGAGGAUGGUUUGGGGGCGUACAACUGGAUUUUGAUAAAGAACAUCCUUAUUUGCAUUUUUUCAGUAUUCGCUUUAGUAUCAGGAGGAUAUUUCGCUAUUUUGGAGAUGGUAUAUCCAGUCCAUAAGGACUGAUUGAUAGUCUUCUGAAUCAUUAGAACCAAAUCGCCAAACAGGAAGGAGGAAACUUCUUCAAGUUCCUGAAGGAUCGGGCAAGCCUCCAAGAAAAGUGUCAAGUAGUAAUUAUCAGUUAUAUAGAAGCAUAGCUACAUGGAACUUUAAUACUCUUGUAGUGCAUCCUCUGAAAAUUGAAGACGAAAUUGAAAUGAGAGUUCGAUAAUAACAAGAAAUACCAAGGAAAUAUAUUCGUGCUACUUGACCUUAUACAUUACGUAUUCGAAGCUUUGAAUUUGAAAAAAAAAUUAUCAUUAAGUGAGAAGUAUUUAUAGUAAGCUACCGAUACUAAUUAAGUGAAGACUGUGAUCACUCAAGUGAGAAUGUACAUAUUGUAUUUUAUUUAAUGUAAUGUAAGUUCGAAAAAUGUAAAUAGAAAAAGAAUAAAGAUGGAAGAGUAAAAUCUUCAAUAUAUUCGAA